CCGUGCUGACAACACGCGCCUCUCCGUUGCCAUGGAGAUGCCCGGCGUGUCGAGCCUGAUGCUGGAAAGUCUCGCUCUCUUGUGCUUUGCCUUCAGCACUUGCAGUGGCGCCUACCUCAUCACGACGCCUCGCCAGUGGACGCCCGGCGAAGAGAACCAGAUCUGCGUGAACGUGCCCGACGUCGCGGCCGCAGCUGGCUUCAUCUCCCUGCGCAUGGAGACGACGGAAUACGACAGGCUGGGCAGAAGAAACGUUACUCUUCUUCCUGAGACAACGUUUGAGGUCCCCGCGGGUCGGGUCGAGGCCUGCCAGCAGGUGAUCGCCCCCCGCCGCGCCUAUCCCAACGUCGCCCUCCACCUCAGCGGGAGCGUGGGCGGCGCCGACCUGAAGGAGACCCGGGACAUCAGGUUAAAGGGCGGCUACAACCUGACCCUCAUCGAGACGGACAAGUACCUGUACGAGCCAGGUCAAGAGGUCAAGUUCCGGGUCCUUACGAUCCACGGGUCGAAGGGUCAGGUCGUUACAGAUCCGUACCCUGAAAUAUGGGUGACAACGCAGUCAAAGACCCGGGUUGCGCAGUGGAUGAAUGUCGACAACUCAGCUGGUCUCGUCCACCUGUCCUUCCACCUGGCUGACGAACUCGAACAGGGCUACUAUUCCAUUACGGUGAAAGACUCGGGGCGCAUGACCACCAGGAAGGUCUUCAAGGUGGAGGAAUACGUUCUGCCCCGAUUUGAGGUCAAGGUCACGCCCCCUGACUUCCUCUUGGCCAGCGAUGAGCAGUUCGCGGUCGAAGUCUCUGCCAUGUACGCUUUCGGUCGGCCGGUGAAGGGCUCUGUGACUCUAGAGAUUUCUAACGAUAUGAGUAGAAAAUGUAGAGUCGUCAUUAAGAAAACUGGUGAGAUAAAAGGUCAUCGGCAGUUCGCCGUCGCCGCCUCGGAACUGCGGCUUUUGGAGUGCGAGGUGCGGGCGCUGAGCCUCAGAGCCGCCGUCGAGGAGGAGGGCACCGGCGUCUCUCUCGGCGGAGGCUCUGUCAGCGUCCUGGUCUCUCGCAGUGCCAUCCACUUAACGCCCGUCAGUCGGGAUAAUUACAAGAAGCCCAAUUUGCCGUUUAUUGUCAAGGUAAGAGCAUCGCUGCCCGACAUGUCCCCCGCCCCAGGGGUGCCAAUAGAAGUCUGCGGAGGAGGCAGGUGUACCAACAUGACCACAGCUGACGAUGGCAUCCUAACUGCCGUCGUGUCAGGGAGUGCCAACAGGAUUUUUAUGUCAACCCUCAACUGCCGGGCUGGCAUGCGUGCCACCUCGUACUCCAGCCAAUUCCGGUACUACUACUCCCCCUCGAACUCCUCCCUCCUCAUCCAAGUUCCCGAAGGACGACUCAAGUGCACGCCAGGCGGAAGCGGCUCGUACGAUCUGCCCGUUUUCUUCUCGGCCAAUAAUCAGUCGGCAGCUGAUUUGACGGUCCAGGUAAUGUCCCGGGGAAAGGUCCAGAAGUGGAUGAUCCACCCGGUCGAGUUCCUCCACACGCCGCUCCCCAUCGACCCCGACUGGCUGGUGGACGAGCCCGCCGGGGUCGACGCGCCCUUCACCACGGGCGUCGUCUCCGUCCCGCUCGCGCUCCCGCCCUCCGCCGCGCCCUCCGUGCAGGUUUUGGUCUGGUACACGCGCGACGACGGCGAGGUGGUGUCGGACAGGGCCGAGCUGGAGGUGGAGAAGUGCCUGGGCUACAGUGCCAACCUCACCUGGUCGGCGGCACAGGGCCAGCCGGGGGAGGCCACCACGCUCACGGUGACGGCGGAACCCGGCGCGGUGUGCUCCGUCGGCAUUGUGGACAAAAGCUCCGAACGCUCGAACCCUGAACCCGACCCGUUUUCCCUUGACGCCAUCUUCGCUUACCUCGACGGAUUUAAGAUUUCGCCCUGGGUUAACUCGCAGGUCAAUGACUUCAGGUACUGCGAGAAGAAGAUGAGGGCGAAGAUGGCUCCAGGAGCUUCAGAAGCAGAUGGAAUGUUUCCUCCAUCUAGAUCCGCCUAUUACUACAGUGACUAUGUUGAUGCUCUGAAAAUGUUCGAUGACUCGGGCCUGUAUGUCAUAUCCGACCAGGUGGUUGAGACGAGGCCGUGCGAGGAAGACAGCGGCAGCGACUUCGGCUGGAGUUUCGGGAGGCCGGCGGCGCGCGGGGCGGGCGACCAGCUCGAGGCCGGCGCCGACGCGGGGGCUCGAGUGCGCGCGCCCGAGGCCUGGCUGUGGGAGCUGCUCGCUGUGCCCCCGACGGGGAUCGUCCGGCAGCUCGAGCUCCCCGACAGAAUGACCGAGUGGGUUGGCAAGGCCGUGUGCGCCCACCCGGAGAAGGGCGUGGGGCUGUCCGAGCGGGCGUCCAUCACCACCUUCACGCCCUUCUUCUCGGACUUGACCCUCCCGCCCUCCAUCAAGCGCGGCGAAGUCCUCCCCGUCAAGAUCUCCGUCUUUAACUACCUCGACCAGUCUCUGCCGAUACGAGUGAUCCUUGAGGAAAGCCCCGAGUACGAAGUGAUAGAGGGAGAGUUAGAGAGCGCCAGAGGAGGAUCGGGGAAGAGAAGGCAGACGCUCGAAUAUAGCGUCGUCCUCAGGGAAGCGACCGACCAGGAAACCACAUACAAAAUCGUCAACUUAACCGAAAUCAAGGACCCGCGGACGAACUCGAACGAGAGAUCAGCCUCGGAGGAACCAAGGCGACUUUGGGACCAGCGCUGGAGAAGAGACCGAAAGGACAGGAACCGGAGAGGACCCAGGGACGACCGGAAUUCCUCCACAGGCAGGAACCAGAGGACGGCCUGCCUGGGACCGAAGGAAAGGGCCGUUCUCUCCUUCCUGAUCCGGCCGCUGGCUUUUGGGGACGUCAGCCUCAGCGUCUCGGCCUUCGUGGACUACAGCAUCCCCGGGCGGUGCGGGGGAGGCGGCGAGGAGAGGGUCGAGAGGAGGGAUACUCUGGUCAAGACAAUAAACGUAGAGGCUGAGGGUUUCGCAAAGGAAGAAACACGGACUAAAUACGCAUGCGCUGAAGAGCUGGCCGAGGGCAAGGACAGCCUGGAGGCGUGGCAGGUGGCGCCGCCGGAGAAGAUCGUGGCAGACUCCGCCCGGAGCUGGGUCUCGGUGGAAGGAGACCUGCUGGCGCUCACACUCGAGAACCUGGGCUCCCUCAUCCGCACGCCGCACGGGAGUGGCGAGCAGAACAUGGUCAACUUCGCCCCCAGCAUCUACAUCAUGCAGUACCUGGAGGCGACGAAGCAGGGCACUCCGGAGAGCACAAGGAAGCUUCUACGGUUCAUGAGGAUGGGAUACCAGCGGGAGUUGGUGCACCGGCGGCGCGACGGCUCCUUCAGCCCCUUCGGCGUCCGCGACGACUCGGGCUCCACGUGGCUCACCGCCUUCGUCCUCAAGACCUUCGCGCAGGCAAAGCAGUUCAUCACCAUCGACGAAGGGGUUUUGAAAGACAUGCGGCGCUGGCUCGUCAAGACCCGCCUGGAUAAGGGAGGCUGCAUGGAGAGUGUGGGGCAGGUUUUCCUAAAAAAAUUAGAGGGCGGCCUCUCGUCAGACAAGCCGUCGCGAGAGCCACUGACAGCGUACGUGCUCAUCGCCCUCCUCGAGUCGGGCAUGGACGCCGACAACGAGACCCUCAGCGAUCUGGUCCACUGUUUGGUCUCGGCCUCCAAGCGGACCAAAGGCGACCCUUACGCCCUCUCCUUGAAGGCCUACGCUCUCGCCUUGGCCAAGGACCCCGGCGCAGAGGAGGUCCUGCAGAGGCUGACCCGGAUGGCCGCCGUCGACGAGACCGCCAUCUAUUGGAAGGCGGGGGAGAACUCCUCGAGCCACUCGCCCCGAGCGGUGGCGACGGCGGCCUACGCGCUCCUCGCCAUGCUGGCUCUGGACCCGAGGAAGUACGCCGGCGAGGCCAGGAGGGUCGUGCGGGGGGCCGCGCGCGAGAGGAACGGCCAGGGAGGAUUCUACUCGACGCAGGACACAGUCGUCGCUCUGCAGGCCCUGUCCUUGUACGAGACGAUAUUCUACAAAGGAUCUCCUCACGCCAAAGCCACCGUCACCGCGCAGGACUUCUCUCACGCCUUCGAAGUCACUGAAGGCAAUAAGCUUCUGCAGCAGUUCGAGGCUCUCCCGGUCUUGCCAACUGGUGUUAGCUUCACCGUGGAAGGCCGUGGGUGUGUGCUUAUCCAGACCGUUCUCCGCUACAACAUCCCCGAAGCCGAAGCCAGCGACGCCUUCAGCCUCCGCAUCAACGCAACGAACGACGAAAACGACAAGAAGUGCGCACUGAAACACCUGGAGGUCUGCUCGACGUACCUCCUCCCCGACGGCGCCUCCAACACGGCCGUCAUCGAGAUCAACCUCGUCUCCGGCUUCGUCCCGCCGAGAGAGGGCCUCGAGGCGGUCGUGCGGGAAAACAGCAAAGUCAUCAAACGCUACGACUUCGAGGGCAACAAGGUGACCCUGUACGUGGACAAGUUCGUCACGGGAAAGGAGCUUUGUGUGGAUUUCGACGUCGUCCGCGACGUGCAGGUCGAGGACUCCAAGCCGGGAACGGUGCUUGUGUAUGAUUUUUAUGAGCCUGCAGUCACUGUUGGCAAGAAUUUCGAAUUCCUGCCGGCGGAGGGAUGCUGAUGACAAGAUGGAACUCAAUGUCACAAAAUUUAAACGCAUAAGCCUGUUAUAAGAUCAUAAAAAAAAUAUAAUUCACAGUAAAAAGGGAAAUUUAUAAUUCCAUUAGAAAAUAAUAGUACACUCAAGGCUAUAUAUAUAUAUAUUUUUAUCUGUGUAUAUAUCUAUAAAUUCACUGUGGUUGGCCCUGACGGAAGCUGAACUUUUGCAUUAUGAAAACAAAAUAAAUAGAAAAAGUCUAUUUUUGUAUGUGUGAUAAUUGGAAAUUUAAAUCGGAAAGUAUCUGUAUCCUACCAAUAAAGCUCAAAAUAUA